AUGUCUUCCUCCGCCGCCCUCCGCCAACGUGUCGUGCACAAGGUCGACAAGAACGACGACGCGGCGUCGACCACGUCGUCGAGCGACUCGGACGACUUGACCUAUGGCGACUUCCCGCCCUUCACGCCUCCGCAAUUCACCGUUAAGGACGUGUUGGGCGCGAUCCCGGCGCACUGCUUCGAGCGCUCGGCGCUGCGGUCGUCGACGUACGUCGUGGCCGACUUUUCCAUGCUCGCCGUUCUCUUCUACGCCGCGACCCACAUCGACAUCUUGUUCGGUAGCAACGGCACGCAGCUCCAGGGCGCGGCCGGCGUCGUCGCCAAGUGGGCGGCCUGGUCCGUCUACUGGGUCCUCGCCGGUUGGGUCAUGACCGGUAUCUGGAUCAUUGGUCAGUUUACAUGCCUCAUCUUGUGCUGCGGUCAUUUCUCCUAUCUCGCUCUUUUGGGGCGACACCGCAUCUACGGGUCGAUUCGGGUCGACCAUCUCGUCCGUUCUCGUUGGGUUUCGUUUCUCCGGCUUUUUUGGGCCCGUGGGUUUGGCUGCGACGCGUCUGGCCCGGCCUGGCCGCGGGUCGCCUUGUGCUUGGCCGCUCGCUGGGCCGUGGCUCUCUGGCCUGGGCUGGCGCCGCCCGUUCGUCGUGGCGCGCCUCUCAACGCCCACCGCACUUUCUCCGCGAUAACCACCGCGGCGGCCCAUGCUUGCCACCACACGCGCUGGCCCUUUGGGGCGGCGGCGGCCCUGCGGCCAGCUGUCUUUGAAGCUGUCCAGAUUAGCUGUCCCCGGCGUGCAAUCGCCGCGAUUCCGGAUCUUUUCUCGCACCUUGUUGGAGUCGACCUCUCGGGACGCAGUCUCCUGGACCGCAUAUCGAACAUAUUUUGCGAUUUCUGCCCACCGGACUUGGAGCUGACCAUGCAUAUUUCUUUCAUCCCCAUGCUCUGCCCCUUACUACAGCCCACGAAUGUGAGUUUUGCGCCACGCCUUGGUCCGUGCCGUCCCUUGGGGAUCGCCGCGGAGACUGCGACCCAAAAAGCACCGAUGAGCUGACCCUGGAAAUUCUCACAUCUCUUCUAGGCGGCCACCAAUCGUUCUCCCCCUCCAAGACCAUCAACAACACCGUCGGGCUCGUUCUGCACUCCUUCGUUCUUGUUCCUUACCACUCGUGGCGCAUCUCGCACGCCAAGCAUCACGCCGCCACGGGCCACAUGACCCGCGACGAGGUCUUUGUCCCCGCGACCAAGUCGGAAAAGGUCACCAAGGCCGCCGGUACGGGUCGCAAGGUCUUUGUCGAGAACCUCGGCGCCGAGUUGGACGAGUUGCUCGAGGAUGCGCCCGCGUACCGCUUGUUCCACCUCAUCGUGCAGCAAUUGUUCGGCUGGCCCGCGUACUUGUUCAGCAACGCUUCCGGACAGAACUGGUACCCCAAGGGAACGAACCGUGAGUUGCAGCGCAUCGAUGGGGUCAAAGUGUCUCGCUCCUCACUCCUCCGUCUGACUUUAACUUCACCUUCCCAUCCAAUAGACUUUGACCCCAACUCGCUCAUCUUCGACGCCCGCCACCGCCAACAGGUCCUCAUCUCGGACGCCGGUUUGAUCGCAAUGCUCUCGGCCUUGACCUGGUUCGGCUUCAAGAUGGGCGGCUUUUCGGCCGUCGUCAAGUACUACGGCAUCCCGUACCUGUUCGUCAACCACUGGCUCGUGAUGAUCACCUACCUGCAGCACACGGACCCGAUGUUGCCCCACUACCGCGCGAACGAGUGGAACUUCCAGCGAGGCGCGAUCUGCACCAUCGACCGCAACAUGCUCGGCCCCGUCGGCCCUUACCUCAUGCACGGUAUCUGCGAGACCCAUGUCGCGCACCACGUCUGCUCCAAGAUCCCUCACUACCACGCCUGGGAAGCUACGGAGGCGCUCAAAGAGUUCCUCGGCGAGCACUACCAGUCGACGGACGAGAACAUGUUCGUGUCGUUGUGGAAGAACUUCAGGACGUGCCGAUACGUUGACGACGAGGGCGACGUUGUGUUCUUCCGCGACGCUUUGGGAAGGACGUCGAGGAAGGUCGUCCCCGCCGACGCACCGAGCGACUCGGGUGUCGAGGUCAACUAA